UCGAUCAUCUCAACUUAGCUGCCGACUACCACCAGACAGUCAACGGAAACCAUGUCUCAUGAAGAUAUCAUCCUGAACGUCUCCUUCCGUGGGACAUCACAUACUGUUUCCCUCCCAAACGACGCACCCGUCUCUGCUCUCCACUCCCGCCUCGAGGCCCUAACUUCUGUCCCGCCAUCAUUACAGAAACUCAUUUAUAGAGGGAAGAAAAUCCAGCAUCGACAGGAUGACCCCGAUCCAGAACCCACCAUUGCUCAAGCUGGUCUUCGCAAUGGCAUCAAAGUGCAGAUGCUUGGCUCGACAGCAGAAGAACUCGGACAACUGAAUGCAGCUGACGCGGCACAUCACAAGAAAGAGCAAAUUCUCAAAGACAGGGCGCUGAAGCCGCGGGUACAGCUUCGUUCGACUGGGUCAUCGUCUACCUCGUCUCACCAGUACCGCUUUCAUCGCAUAGAGCCGCUCACUCAUCUCCCGCGACCUGAAACGGCGACGGAGUGUCUCACGACGCUUUCCAAAGAUCCUGCAAUCCUACAUAUCAUGCAGAAGCAUCGUUUCUCCGUUGGCUUGCUUACCGAGCUUGCUCCGCAUGAGCAUCCUGGGCUUCUAGGUCUUAAUGUUGGGGGUGGAGGUACCAUCAAGCUGCGAAUUCGGCUUGAUACAUAUGAUGGUUUUCGCCCGUACUUGGAGGUCAGACGCGUGUUAUGCCAUGAACUGGCGCACAAUGUAUGGGGCGACCAUGAUAAUGACUUUAAAGAGCUGAAUUCGCAGCUCAAUCGCGAGGUUGCAGAAUUUGAGGCUGCAGCAGGAGCAGGAACGCAUCAUCUUUCUGAUUCAAACGAUACCUAUCAGCCGUCGUCGGACAAAGAAGUGGAGGCACUCAUUCAUGUCCUAGGCGGCACAGGCCUUCGAGGCAAUGAUACCAUGGAAGAACGGCGGAAAAGGGUGUUGGAUGCUGCCACAGCGCGCCUUAGGAACGAAGAAGAAGAACUGGAACGGAAUUGCGGGACUUCUGGACCACAGAAGCAAUCUGGAUGACAUAAGCUUCCAUCUCCUUUCAAAACUUCUGGUCAGCGCAUGGCAGUCUUACUAAUCGACACCUAAUGAAUUACAAGACCCAUACCACUGUAGGCGCCGUCAAAAUGCUCUGAA